AUGGUCGGAGUCACGCCUUUGGAGUCGAAGAUUAUUAAACAGGUUGAGUAUUAUUUCGGAGAUGUAAAUCUGUCACGUGAUAAGUUCAUGCGAGAAGCUAUUAAACAAAAUGAUGGAUGGAUUUCUAUGGAGACUAUGAUGAAAUUUAAUCGCCUAAAGUCGCUUUCAGAAGACGCUGAGUUCAUUAAAAAGUCGUUAUCAAAGUCGGAUUCCGGGUUGGUUGAAGUCGGAGCCAAUGGCCUACGCCGAAAUCCUGAUAUGAAAGUCCCAGAAACAUUCCAAUCGACCAUGGAAAACUUCAAAGAAAACAGCGUUUACGUUAAAGGCUUUGCCCCUGAUGAGCAUCUGGAUCAAAUCAUCGAGUGGUUAGAGAAACAUGGGGGAAAACCCUAG